UUCAGGCAUUUCAGGAGGUGCGCUCCCCACGAUGCCACGUUCGAUCGCACCGAUCGUGUUGCUGCUGGUUGCUUCGCUCGUCGGUUUAGCGCAGUCGCUGGAGCCGGCCUACCGGAAGUAUCUGCGUACCCAGAAGCCGGCCCGCCCCGGCGAGGUGCACGUGGAGGAGGUACUGGAGGUGUUCCGUACGGACGGCCGGCCUUCCGUGUACGGCGUCUCGAACGAACUGGUCAAUCGCUUCCUGGCGACGGAACGGCUCCGGGGCCGGGAUCCGAGCAGCACGCCAACCGCUGCGCCGCCGGCCGAUGAGCGACCGACGUUUCCGACACCGGUGUUCGAGAACCGUAACCCGAACUACACGUACCUGUUCCAGCCCUCGAUCACGGCGACCAAGUAUCGCCCGAUCGGUGAUCGGCCGGGAGCCGGGAGCGUCAUCAUCAUCCAGGAGGCCGAUCUGGUGCCGCCGGUUAAGCCACCGGAGACCGACGAUGGCGGCUAUCUCGAUUACGACGACUCCGAAGAACCAUCCGAAGCGUCCGCCAUCUGAGGACAGCGGACGAGCCUACAUCUAACGUAUAUCUUUCACUUGUGGACAAGCGAGCAGCGAGUGGACACGGAUGUAACCGCGGGGAGAAUGGGUACGACGACGACCAGGGGUACGACGAGCGACGACGACGACGAGUGGACCCUAUUAUAUAGUACACCAAUAAAUAAGAACAGUCUCUAGAAAACCAAACCAAGCCGUCCAGUGGUCUACCGGCGGUGUUCGAUUGCACCCUGUCAAUAGUAUGCUUAUCGUGCGAUAGCUCCUA